CUGCGAUGAUGACGAUGAUAAUAAUGGAAUGGGCGAAUUCUUGAAUGAGAUGACAACAAUGAUGAGCCAAACAAAAUCCCAAGAGAGUGGGAACGAGACAUUGGAAGAACUUCAAGAACUAUUCGAUGAGCUCUUUGAGAGUGACAUCAAUGCCUUCACUGGCUCAUCUCGGUCAUCUACACCCCCAACACGCUCCUCCUCAUCGUCCUCGGCCUCAGGCAACGAGGCCUAUGGCAUAUCCAGCAAAUGGAACUCGAAGGAAGUUGAAGCUUCCCAUUUUGAAGGGUUUUGCUUAGGGACAAGUGGAGGGUCGGGGAAAUGCCCCAGUGGAGAGAGCAGUCGGAAAAGGAGUGCAAGGUUAGGUCGGAGGUAGUUUCCGACCUAGCUAGCUCACUAAUAUGUGUGGCCAUCACUAUAUAAAGUCGGGUUACGACUAAAAAAGGUCGGGU